AUACUGAGUAUUUUAAUGCAAGUUAGUUUAAUUAGGUAGUAAAAAACUUUUUUUUAAAUUAAAUGACAGCUGUCAUUAAUUUUUAAAAAUUCAAAUAUGUGGUCAACAAUAGCAAGGACACUGAGAACUACAAUCGAACCGACUCAUUUAUCAAGAUUUGAGUUCCACAAAUCAGCUCGUAGACUCGCAGAGUCUGUGGUCCUGAAGGAGAGCACAAUCAUUAAAAAAUCCAAAGGUUUCAGUGAAGAUGAGGAAUCAUUGAUUGUCGCAACAAUAAACAAGUGCACAGAGACAGAUUUUGAUAAGUAUGAUAUUAAAAAAUCCGAAUUAAAAAGACUUAUGGCCUACAAAGAAAAAUAUGGGAAAUUUGAGACGUUCAAUGAAAUACUUGUCAUCCAAGAUGUGCCUUUGUUGAUAAAAUUAUGCAGGUCAAUAUUGGACGGUGGUAAAAGAAGAGUGAUGAUUAAAUCAACUGGACCUUCUAAAUGUACGACUAUGCCCGCAAUAGAUAAACUUACUAGACAAAGUAUCAAAACCAUCGUGGGAAUAAGAAUCUGGGGAAACAUGAUAAGUUGGGCGGCACUUGAUGAUAGAGAAUUGAUUCAGUGGGAAUGCGAGACAUAUGAAAGUCCACCGAAAUCAAAUUUGAUUCCUUUGCUUAAUUUGAUAAUUAGUAUAAUAGAUAAAAUACCUUAUGCAGAUGCUUAUGUUAUGGAAGCUGAACCCUACGCAAUGAUGAGCAAAUUAAAAGCUGGCGCUUAUCAGUAUCAUGUCCAGCGCCAGCAAGUCAUUGCAACCAUUGUCAGCAUCUUGGGUACGCGGCGGCUAUUGAAUGCCAGCAAUGACAGCACUGCUAUUGAUAACCGGAAAAUAAAUAAUUUUUACACGCUGGCACCUCUUUCUUCAGCCAAACGGUUCAACUUGACUGUCGCUAACGAUAUAAUGUCCUCGGAAUCUCUCAUCAAAGAUAUUUUGGAAGGCAACAUUCAUAACAAAAUUUUGAACUUCCCCGAAAUUACAGUCAAUUCAAAGGUGAUAAUUGAUUACAAAUCAUACGACUACAAGUAUAGGGAACAGCUUCACUCAGCUUUGCUGAUUACUUUUGCUUUUGCUGACAUAAUUUAUGACGAUGCUGAGCCCAAAGCCGGACAAAAUUAAUUAGAACGGAAAUUUUUAAAUUUAAAAAUUUAAAUACUGUAAAUAAUAUUUGUAAUUAAUUAAAUAUUAAUUAUAAGGUAAUUAAAUAAAUUUAUAAAAUACA